AAAAAUUAAUUUUAUAAACGAUAAAACGUCACAAAGUUACUUCGUGCCCAUAUUUCUUUUGUGUGAAAAUGAGAUCUCCCUAGCCUAAGUAAUGUCAUAAGGCGUACAGCUACAGAUCGUUCCAAAAUGUUCUUCAUUUUUUGAGCAGUGAUGUAAAGAAUGUUAAAAUUAAAUUUUAUAAACAAUAAAACGUCACAAAGUUACUUCGUGCCCAUGUUUCGUGGAUGAAUAUUGAGAAAUAAUUUUCGGCCUUUACAUAUCUCUCUAGCCAUAUCAAAAUCAUAUCAUACUUCGAGUCUAAGGAGGAUGGGUCCAAGUAAUGGCAAAACGAUCUUCAUUCUUUGAGUAGUAAUGUAAGAAAUGUUAAAUUUUACGUAAUUUUGAUUUACAUGAUAAAUAUUAUGAAUCCUUCAAUCUCCUGUCAAUAUCUUUUUGGCACGUGGGCUGCCACCACAAGAAUCCUCCCGUUGUUAUUUACGGAAAUCGGCAUCGACGUUCUUUCGGCUGACGUGAAAACUGAUUAUCUAUAAAUAUUCGAGUGAAAGACUCGGACAAUUAAAAUAAUAACUGUAUCGUUAAACUUCUUUCCUGUGCUAUUGUUUUGAAGUGAUUAAAUUUGUCUUUUGUUUCAUAACGCGUUCCGAAAUGUUAUGUAAGCGUAUUAUGACUUGUAGAUUCAAUAUAACUUCAUCAGAUUUCAUAUAACUAGUAUGAGAAGACAAAGUACUUAGGUGGAAGAAUAAAAAUAUAUUAGAAAUUUAUAUAGAAUUAUUACCUAUUUAUUAUAACAUAUAUCUAUAAAAUAUAAACAUAGUAUUUUCAUUUUAACACAUUGUGAUGGAUGUAUGCAUAGUUCUACUUAUUUUGAGUUGUGCAUCUUUGACGCAUGCAGCAGCUUGUCUAAAUGGUGGCAUAGACAAUUCGGCAGGUACUUGCACUUGUAAAUCUGGAUUUUACGGAGUCAUCUGUGAUCAAUACGCAGACUCGUACCAACUAACCUACGAUCGUACUCCCGUACGUCCUGAUGCAUUGAAAGCAGAACUAAAAAAAAACCUUGCUCGGCUUAAUAUAACGACAAUAGUGCAGAUUUCAGUUGGAAAUGCCUUUAAACUAACUUUCCUUAGAAAACUCACAGCAGAGAAUCGAGCAAACAUCCAAUCAGUAGCCUCUACGUCAGCGAGAAACAUUGAAACCGAUGGCACAGGAAUAAAAGUGUUGGGUGAUAUAGUUGAUUUUAAUGAGUGCAAAGCAGGUUCCGGGAGACAGUCGUGCGAUAGCAGGCCAUGUAUUAACACAGAGGGGAGUUUCAAAUGUGGAUGCAAGGCUGGAGAAAAAGCAGAAAACUUUGAAUGUGUAAAAGAUGUGGAUACCAAGAAAACAGUGAUUUACAUUUGGUCAGGUGUUGUAGCCGCUGUGGUGUUAAUAAUGCUUGCUUUCAUUAUUUUCUAUCGAUGGAAAAAAAUCGAGAAAGGAAAGAGGCUGCAGCAGGAGCAGGACGAGAAAAUCAAAGCAAGAAGUUCAUCCCUUACUCCAACAAACCUGAAUCAGUUUGAUCAAUAUGGACAAAUGAGAAGGCCCUCUCCAACAGGAUCAUCUGUAUUAGAUGGACCAAUUGUACCCAACAGACGCAUGUCGGCUGCCUACCCACCUGAUGUAACAUCACUCUAUUCAUACAGUUCAAGAAUGUACCCGAUGUCCGAACCCGAAUAUGUUCUUCGUAAUCCCGAUUUUGCCAGACACAGAUUAUCGGCACCUAUACUUGAUCCUGGACCAAAUUUCGGUAUGUACGAAAACGAUGGAUAUGAUUACGACGUUCCGAAAUAUUCGGCGUCUUUACCUCAAGGAGUAGGUGAUGAUGGAAUGAGCUAUAUGAGUGGGCGUGCAUCCUCUGUUAUACCAACUAGCUUUCCUUCUGACAUGACUCUAACAAGAGAUGACCGAUAUGAACAGUGAUAUUGUUUAAACAUAAAUUGGAAUAUAUUGACGCAACGAAAAAGAACGAAAAAAACGAGUUUUUAAAAUGUAUCUAAUACCUUAAAAAAAAAGACUCAAAAACUUAAAAAUCUGAUGACGAAUCAAUACAAGUUUCAAGCACGGUCACUUGUGGAUUACAAAUUUCCAAGUGGAGGUAUCAUCACAUAAUGGCGGCGCCAGAAGUGUGAUUAGCUGGUCUAUUGUAUAUUUUAUUUAUUUUGCUACAAAAAUAAAAUUUAGCUGACAAGACAUGUAUAUAUACAAAAAAUUUUGGUAAGAUCAACAAUACUAAA